AUGAUAGGAACUCAGAUAUCGUGUCUACGUCGGUGGGGUACCGCCUGCACAUUUCUUCCCUCCCACGUCCGGUUUCUAUCCCAACAUGGAAAAGGCGAACAAAGAACUUCUUCUCACGAUCAUAUGAAGAACCAAAGCCAUCACAACAACAAUAAUAAUAAUAGUAAUGAGCGGUUAGUGGCCCGCACGAGUGAGACGGCUGGUAUUAACGGCCUUUACGGCAAUAGAGCGCAGAAUGCUAUUCGCGGUAUGUUAGGACCACAAGGUCAGGCCGAUGCCCGUGAGUCCAAAGCCGUUCCCAUCUUGGGAAGAGCCACUGUGCAGGGAACAAAGUAUACAUGUGAUCGAUCCACCGUGUUUGAGAAUUGGAGACAUGUCUGUGCGGAUCCUGUUGGUUGGCAUUUAUCUAAACUUGGAAGUGCCACUUGUAAAAUGCCAAAUGAUGUGAAUGAAGCUGUAGAAUCUUUGCAAUUACAAAUUAUUAAAGGAUGUAAUGUAUUUGAACUGGAUGGAAGUUUAUCAGAUGUACAUCAAAGUAUAGCUCGUGCUUUUUAUGAAGCUUUACAAGCCUUUGAGUUGGAAAGAGAAGGAUUUGUUAUGGUUUUUCGUUGUGGUGUUAUUAAACAACAACCAUUUCAAGAAGAAGUAACACAAGUGGAAACAUCCAAUACAGCUGUGGUACGUAAUCGUAUUGUACCUAUAUUUGAACGAUAUAAAGCUUCUUCUUUACCUUCUAUGCAAUUAAAAACAGGAUUUCGUAUCAGUGAUUUAAGUGAUGAACAGUUAUCACGUUUAAAUCUUCGUCGUGUUUCUAAAACUUCUGCGGCAGGUCUUUCUCCAGAUUGGUUAGAAGCUUUCUUUACAAAUGUUGCCUAUAAUACAAAACUAGAAUGUAUUGAUGUUCUCUUAUUAGAUGGUUUUCACACUUUAUUUGAUGGGAGACCAAGAGAACACAUUGAUGAUGAUAUUCUUCAAUUAUUUGCCUAUCUUGAAAAUCAAGUAAAACUCGGUGUAUUACAGUAUUACGGUAUAUCUUCUCCAUACUUGGCUCCACACAUUCAUCGUGAUUUCCCUGAACUUCCACCAGACGCAAUGGUGCCAGAUCAUAUUCGACAUCGUCGUCCACUUCCUGCGGUUAUUAAUUUAUAUCAUGUUUUGGAAUUGGCAAGACGUGCUGGUGGUGAUAAGCAUCAUUUUCGAUUUGUACAAUAUCCAUUUAAUUUGACAUUUUCACAGGCACUUGAUAAACCAUUACCGUAUGAUGGUAAUCACACCCUGCGUUCCCUCACACAAGCAUUAGGCUUAACCACAUUAGGAUAUAGUCCACUAGAGGCAACAGACUUAAUGGAAUUACCACAACGUUAUCAUAAUUUUCCAAUGGAGGCGGAUCUUAAAUCACUUCGAAUGAAUUUCUUUACCGUUUGUGAACGAUGUGUAUUGAAAGAAAUGGAAGUGAAGGAGUCUAUUGAAAAAGGACCUUCCACAGUACCUCCAUUAGAACAUCUUUUUGUGGCGAGUGUUUAUUUAGCAGCACAACGUCAAUUUACAAAUUUAUUCUUCUUUACAAGUUGGGCUACAUAUUAUAUGAUUCCUCGAUUUCGUCGUGCUCUUAUGCGGUUUAAAGAAGCUUCCUCUACAGAUCUUAAGGAGUGGUGUAAACAAUAUGAACAACUUGUAAAUGAUAUGCUUCGAUUACGAAAACGAAUGUUUGAACAUAAAGCUGGUAAAUUUGCACUUGAGAAAAAUUUUGCAAUUGAUCGUGUGAGUCCAACACUCUCUAUGUGUCCCAUGUUAAAUCAAAAGGCGAUUAACUUUGCCACUUAUGGUUGUGAUACUGUAUUAGCAGGAUUUCAUGUAUCCCGUUAUUUUCAUGAGGCCACGGAAUUAAAUCCUGCCCGCAAUGGGGAAUUAGUGAUACCAGAAUCUGAACUUCAGGCUUUAUGUACAUCUAUGGAAGUAUCGUAUGCAAACUCUUCUCCACCGGAUCCAUAUAUGCUGGAGCCUAUAGUAACAGAGGGGAAGUUAUCUAGACAGCGAAGUAAAUCAAUGGAGUUUAUGGUGAAGAUUGAUCCACAUAAUCCAAAGUUUCCAGAUAUCCCAGAAGAGUUGGGAGAAGAGGGAGAGACAGAGAAGAAGAGUAAUAGCAAUAAUAAUAAUACUACUAAUAAGGUAUGA